AUGGGCAUCCAUGCUGUUAGCGUCAUGCUAGAGGCUCUCAAUAGAGAUGCCCAACAUGCUACUAUCGCCAAGUUCAUUCAAAAUGAACAUGACGCUGAACGCGAGAAAGUAGCCUUGCUUCACCAACAAGGCUCUCAACAAGCAGAGUUGUUGAGAGAACAGGGUGCUCAACAGUUUGCACUGUUGAGACAGCAGCAGGCUGCUGCUGGUGGGUCGAUGCACUCGCGUCGACCCGAAACCUUGAAGAUUGACAUCUCCAAGUAUAGGGGAGUCGAAGAGGACUCCCUCUUGAGAUGGUUCGUCGAAUUAGAUGACGCCAUAAGGGCGCGUCGCAUCGACGACGGGGAUAUGCAAGUUGCAUUUGCCCAGUCAAAUCUGGCAGGAUGUGCCAAGACUUAG